AGGCAUCACCGCGUCAAAAAGACUCAGGCUCCCCUGAACCUUCCGAAUCACCUCCCUCCUCACCUGAGGAGGAUACUCCUACCUCACCACUUUCCCCCGAGGGAAUGAGAACACCUUCACCUCCAUCUCUGGCACAGGAGGAGCAGGAAGAUGAACAACCCAAGGAAGAAGCCGGAAAGGAAGAAGUAGUGUAUCGAGUGAAUAGGAGAAGUGGUGAGAGGCCGAGGUCAACAGGAGAUGUAAAACUUAAUACUAAAAGUGAUUCUAGUUUGGUGACAACACCAGUCGAAGAAGAGGGUCCGAGUUCUGUGUCUUCAGAAGGAAAGAAAGACCCCCCUCCUCCACCCCCUAGGAACAAGAAAGGUCAUUCAAGAUCGUCUUCGUUGGAUCUUAAUAAGCUUUUUGCUACAAAAGCUAAAGAGAAUAGAGGGACACCACCAUCAACGUCGUCAAGUUUUUCUAGUCAGACGGGCGACAGUGCAGCGCCAGUAAGGAGCGAACCCAACACACCCAGACACAGAAAAGAGAAUGGUACCGAACAAGAGAAAGUUGUAGACGAAAAGGACAAUGUAGAAAAACAGGAAGAUUUUGCAGACUUCAGCAGAUUUGAAAGUUUUGUUGAAGCACAGGAAGGUGAAGGCACGCAUGGUUCAUCUGUUCGUCCCGGGAUUCAUCGGAGAUCGUUUUCACUGGACCACUCGCAUGAGGUAGGUUGGUCUGGUUCAACGCCUGCCCAGAAGACUACCAAUGAAGGAGUCACGGCAGCAGUGAGCAGACCUCCUCACACCCAGGAGGCCUUACCACGACCGGUUCCGAAGUUGAAACCUCCAAGUCCUCCAACACUGAAACAAGGAAGGCGAAUAGACAAGGAUGGCGAAAAAGAAAGAAAACUUAACACGGAACCGCCAAAAGUUGUAGUAAGACCACUGACCAAGGAGGAUAAAUUAAAUACGAGAAUAAAUGAUUUGAAAGAAAGAAAUGCUGCGCUCUCUAAAGUUAACAGUGAACUUCAAGAGGAACUUAAAACGAUGAUGGAAAAUCGAGAAACACUGGAACUUAAACUUGGAAAGCUCAAUUCAAAUUCAACGCAAAAGAAUGAAACCGUCAGCAAUUGAAAAGAUGAAUGAUACAACAAAAAGAUUCUAUCUUCCUGGAAUGUGAAAUAAACGAAAAUUUUUUUCCAAUUAACAGCAAUGCUGAUAUGUAUUUUUCGUGACAUUUUCAUGUCUAGAAAGACUAAGACCAACUUCCAACCCCCGCCUAAUUACAUUUUAGUGCAUAAUUUUUUUAUCUUGCUUUUAGAUACGAACUGUUAAUUAAGAAUUUUCUCCAUAAGCCACAUUCUAAAGAAUUAUAUUAUAUAGAUAAGAAAAUCUAAAAAAAAUAUAUCAUUACGAUACGUAACGGUAGAAUUUCCAAGAGAUGAUUAAAAAUCAGAAUCAUUUCGAAAA